GGAGCAUUCUUAUAGACUGUUCCAACAGUCAGUGUGGGCCCCAUUCUGGGCUGAUCGUGGUUCUGGCUUGGUCUGGUGGCCGCCAUGGAUGCGCUGGGGUUUCCUCAGGAGCAACUUUUAUCCUUGUAUGUUUAACGGAACACACAGGGCCUAGGCGUUUUUCCUUUUUUGCAAGGUAAUGCAGGGGCCUCCUGUCAAUAUCAAUGUGGUCCAAAAUGGGUUGGGUGCCCUACCUCCAAACUUGACAUUUCUUCAGCAAUUGCCUCCAGAUGCUCAAGCUGCAGUGGGAGUGCAGGCAGCGGCUGGGCAAACUAUGCCUUCAGGCGGCUUCGCUCCACACCCAAUGCUAGGUGUCCAGCAGAUGCAUCCAGGUCUUGCAGGUGUGUUCCCCGGUGUGGGCCAGCCAGCUGGACUGCCAGUAGGUAUGCCUGGACAGCCAGCUGGGCCACCCUUGGGUAUGCCCGGACAGCCAAUGGGCAUGCCGACGCAAUCUGCACCAAGCAUGAUCCCUCCCAUGCAGCCAGCUCCUACCUUACCUCCAACUAUGAGCAAAGCUCCUCCUGAUCAAUUCCCAAGGCCAGUGGCGCCGCCUCGCGGUAUGCCUCGCCCGAGACCCCGUGGUUGGAUGCCUCCCCACGAGGCACCGCAUCCAUACCGACCCAGAGUCCCCAUGCAGGCCCGGCCGGGCAUGAGACCGGCACAAACGGUACCUCCACGCCCUGUCCCGCCAAGGACUCCCAUGUCGAAGAAUGCCGAUAACCCAGAGGAGAGCUCAGAAACAGGCCUAAAGCGGCCUGAUUCCGACUCCGCGACGGCCAGCAAUGCAACCGUUUCGGCUGCGGUGGCCGUUGUUGAGGAGGCCACACCCAUGGAGGAGCGUCAGUGGUUCUACAAGGAUGCCUCGGGCAUGGUUCAGGGUCCAUAUUCCUCCUCAGUGAUGUCCAGCUGGUCUCGCUCUGGUUUCUUCCCAGCCGAGACCAUGGUUCGUUCUGCGGACGAAACGAGCUUCACUGAAUUGGGCAAUGGAAUGCGUUUGAUCAUGUCGUCCUUGAAGGAAGGGUGAUGAGCCGAGUUGAGUAGAGCUGCCGAGCUGGAAAGCAGCUCUGCGGCGGAAUGCGGGCAUUGGUUUGUUCUGCAUUGUCAUGGUUACAAGUAAAGCAGAUCCAAAA